AACAAUUAAUUAGUAAACCUGUUUGGUGCUGUURUGGAAAAGUCCCCAUCGCAACUCAAGUUUUACGGUACUGUAACAAUCAUCAGUGACAAUCACGAUACGAUACUGUCAUGGAACCGCCUGCUCUGUCAUAACACUACGACGUUCCAUUGUUUGUUCGCCAGUCUCGGCCCGUCCCUUCCCGUCUCGUCUCGAUCCGUGUGUUCCGAAGCACAGUAAAUCGCAUCGCGGACCCCCAGUGCUUUCCCACAGAGCCCGCCCCUGAGGACGUCCGGGAAGGAUGCCGUCUUCGUCGAGCGCGGAACCAGCGCUUCCGAAUCGCCCGCAGCACGAGGUGGACGGAGGCGUGCCGAGCCAAACCCCGCGGCGAGUCCCAGCAGCUCUGGCCACCCAGCGGCAGGGGGCCCGGAACCCGCCCGGGGMCGCCCGGACGCCCUCGCARCGAAGCCGGCACAAGCACGCUCCCUCCCACCCGCACCGGGGGCACCAUCCCCCGGUGUCCCUGGAUUCCCCCUUUCUGUCUCCCCCCGGCACGGUGCGGGGCCGGCGGGGAGGGCACCCGAUGGAGGCGAGGUCGAGAAAGGCGAGGCCGGAGCCCCUGGUCCUGGACCCCUCCGCUUCCGCCGGACGGGGUCCGCGGUUCGGUGCCGCGCCGAGGGGGGGGCCGGGGUCCCUCCCAUCGCCCGCCUUUUCCUCUCCGGGYGUCCUUCCCGCGGACGGCGGCCGAAACACCAACACCGGCAGCGGCGGCACGGUGAAGGAGCUCUUCCGGGUGGCCACCAAGGGCCUCAGGGAGCACCACGCGGCGGCGGCCACCGGCGGGGGCUACCACCUCCACGCCACCCCGGCCGCGGCCGGCGGGGGGACCGGGUCCUCCGCCGCGGUCUUUGCCCGCUCCGGGGGGGUCGCCAGGGCGGGAUUUUUGCAAAAGCUGGGGGAGAACAUUCCCGAGUUCAAGCGCCGGUUCUUUGUCCUCAAGCCGGAGACCAGCGUGUACUACUACCUGUCACCCAGCGAGACGGAACCGAGGGGGAAAAUGGACCUGGAGGGCUCGUCCGUCGAGCCGCUGGAAACCACGCCGGACGGGAGGUUCCGGUUCGCGGUGUCGCUGAAGCCCCCUCCGGGGGCCGGGGCGCGGGACACCAAGGACGCCCGAGACUGGAACAACGACGACGACGACGACGACAACAACAACGACGACUGGAGCCACURCGACGACCACAACGACCGCAGCGAGCACCACCACCACGGCGAUCGCCGGGGCCGGAAGAUCGUUCUGGAAGCCAGGACGAGAGAGAUCGGGGAGGAAUGGAUCCGGCACAUGAGGGGGGAACGGGUCUCCUUUCUGAAAGACAGGGUGGGGGCCCUAGAGAGCGCCAAGACGGAGCAGUCCAACACCAUUUCGGACCUGGAGCAGCAGCUCGAGCACUUUCGGAUGAUCGAGGCCGACCGCGACGGGGCCCUGGAGGACGCACGAAACUGGAAGGAAAAGUUCCACCGCCUGGACGAAGCCCUGCGGCUGCUGACGCAGCGUGUGCGAAAGCCGCUGGCGGCGUCCCCCCCUCCCGCAAAGGAACCCCCCAAGGCCGUGGACGAGAACGAGAACGAGAACGAGAACGAACAGUGGGAACACGGUGCCGAGAGCCCGGCCCAAACAGAAGGAACGGGCGGGGACGGCGAAGACUCUGGCGGCGCAAAGCACGGAACCUCCGGCACGGACGAAACGACGGAACACAAAGACGAAACGGCACCGGGAAGCCCCGGCACCAGGGACGUAACCACGCCCCCUUCGAAACGCGAAUCCGCCCCUGCCCUGCUGGACGACCUCGCGCAGGAAGACAUGGACGUGGAAGAGCUCAUCGACGUCCCCGGCACGUAUUUUUCGGGCCUCUSCAAUGCCUUUCGGCAGCAGAGGGAAUCCUCGAGGCUGGCGUCGAUCGAGGCCUCGACCGCCGUGGAAGACGUUCUGAAAGCAAACGAACGGGUCGAUGCCAUCCAGAAACGAAUGAAAAAAGCGGAAAAACAGAUUCUGAAUCUAUGGGAAGAAAACUGCGCCAUUCGCAAGACGCUGAAGCAAAAGAAGAGAGAGAAACGAGUCCUGGUCCGCGAGGUCAAGCAACUCCAAAACACCGUUCGAGACCUGGAGGACGACAACCAGCGCCUGUCGAGGUCUGCUCGCGACUCGGACAAACCCUCCGAGGAAGAUGGAACCGUUGCAAUGGCCGACACGAUGAUCGGGAGCGAUGAAGAGCGCCUCAUCAUCGAGCUCGAGGAGCACGUGGCAUCGAGCAUCCGCUUGCACAACCGGCUGGUUGCGGGUUCCGACCUCGAUCGCGAUGCGGAGCAAUCCAUAUCCACGAAUCCGACAUCGUUCGCCGCGGAGGGUUCGGAUCUUGCUGCGAGCGUUGCGGGCUGGCCGGGUUUGCAAAAGGGCGGGAUCGAGGUGAGCCAACCGAAACUCCUGUCGCUGCUGGACGACGAUUCCGACUCGGACGAAAGCGGUUCCGAGCAGGAAGACCCGAAGGAUAGCGAUUCCCGGCUCGAGCUCGGCUCCCUCCUGGGAUCGGUGGCGUCCGCGACCGAUACGGACCAYGCGCGGUCCAUCGGUGCGACGGGAACACCGGCGUCCGCAUCGUCMGUCGGUGCCGACGGGAGUUCCUCCCAGAGAGCCAAUCCCUUGCUCAAGCUCGACCACGACGACGAAUCCACAGAGAUCCGGCACCUGGACCCGCACUUCCGGAAACCCUCCUCGCCGAAGCUCGUCACAGAAAACGGGCAGGCCACCUCCAGGUUGGUGUGCCCCCUGGCGGACGUGGUAGACACCAUGGGGGGCUCAUCGUCCGGUGGCAACGGCCGGGCCAGGGGCGAGGGGAACGAGGAAUUGCGCGUCCACCACAUYACCUUUUAUUCGCGAAAAAUCGGCCUGCAGUUCCAAAAGGCCUCCCCGGCGCCCCAAAAACCGCGGGGACUGCUCACGGACGUCCUCGCGGCCGAUCUGGCCGGGGGAGUCGACGGCAGCGACAAGACCGCGGCCGAGCUCCGGAGCGUGGCCUCGAUCGCCUCGCUGGCGGGUGGGGGAACGAACGCCAGGGGCGAGGAAGUUACCUGCCCGCUGGCCCUUCCGGAGGACAUUGUUCUCGUUUGCGGCUUUGAGGGCUUUGACGAUUCCGGGGUAAACCAGAGACCCAGGCUCGGGGCCCGCCUGGUCGCCUUUGACGGGGUUUCCGUCGAGGUGGGAAAGUGGACGUUCGAAAACAUUAGCAAGGCCAUCAAGUCGAGAGGACGCCCGCUGACGUUGAGCUUUCGAAACGAUUUUCUGACGACGGAACAGCGAGCGAUUCUGACCAAGGCGAUCAAGGACGUUGACGCCAAGCGGGAUCCCGUGCGCUCUGUGAUCCAGUACGAGCGGCCCCCGUCUGCCACCCCGUCCCUCCACUCUGCUCUUUCGUACGAAUCUGGCCAUUUUCUAAACAACGAAGGCACGCAGGGAGGCCAUCAUCCGAAUGCUCACGGCGAGGGCGGCAUCGAUCUAGACAUUAGCAUCGCCGCAACGGAAGAGAGCAACUGCUGGCACCGGUUCCCAGGCUCGUCCAGCAGCAGCCUAUCGAGUUUUUACAAGGAAAACAGCAGGUCCCUGCCCCGUCCACCAUCUACGUCGAGUGUAUCGACUCACAGGAGCCGAAACAGCUUCACGAGCACCGCCAAAAACUACAUGUACUCGUUUCAAGAAGCCGGAUCUCCCAACCGCGUCUCGUCGCUGGUGAACAAUCUCGCGGAGAAGGUUGCRUCAUCAUCCGAGCGACAGCAGCGAAGCGAGAUUUUUCGGGGAACGCCCAGCAACAGAAAGGGCGGAUCUGAACGAAGUCGAAGAUUCGGGAUCGGUAUAAACCCCUCUGGAACACAGCAGCACCAAGAUUUCCAAUCGAAUUUGUUGUAAACAAGACAAGUAAUCUAUUGUAAUCUAGUGGUAUUUUUAUUUGCGCUACCGCAUUCAAGGAACUGUAUUUCUUGCGUAUAAAAUUGAUGCACAUCU